AUGUGGAAGAAGCUCAUGUCCAAGAGUUUCGACUCCACGCCCCAGGCUCCCAAGCACAAGCCGCUGCCCCUGCCAGAGCUCGGGGAGGGAGACCGCCUCCCGACCUCGCCCAUGUCCCCGCACGCCCUCCCGCCCGCCUUCGCCGAGAGCUGGGCGUCGUCCGACAGCGGCAGCUCCGUCUCCUCCUCCAGCAACCCCAGCACCCCCGCCUCGUCCCCCGCCCCCUGGAAGAGGCCCGUCACCCCGUACUCGAGGCCGCCGCCCUCGGUGCGUGCGGAGACGCCCCAGUACGAGAUACGCAGCCCCGCGUGGCACGUCAUGACGUCCGACCUCGAGAAGUCGCUCUGCCGCGAGACGUUCACGCCCUCGCCCGAGAUCUUCAAGCCGCGGCCCCAGCGCGCGUCCUCCGCGCACCACCCGACGCCCGUGCAGGUCAUGCAGGGCCUGGUCUCGCCCACCCCUGUGUCCGCGCGCCCGCCCAAGUCGAUACUCAAGCACAGCGUACCACGAUCCGCGGCGCCCACGCCAGCCCCGCCGCAGGGCCCCUCCGUCCCCGUCCACCAGACGCGGCUGCACUGGCAGCUCUGCCCGUUCGACACGUACCGCAGCGAGCGCACGCUCCGCGUCGAGUUCGACGCCGCCAAGCCCGUCGAGCUCAUCGCCAUCCGCGACACGCGCCCGUACGGCGGCAAGCUCCCGCAGCACAAGGUCGACGAGUACCUGCUCCGCAAGGUGUGCGAGGCCGCGCCCGGCGGCGCGCAGCUCACGGAGAUGAGCAUCCGCUACCCGAAGUUCGCGGGGUGGAGCGUAACGGUGCGCCGGGCGGACGGCGGGCCGCUGCUCGUCAAGGACGUGUUCCAGGCGCUGUCGGACGACCUGUACCAGGUGACGACGCGGCAGGACCGCAAGGAGUACAUCCCGCGCGGGGAGAUGCCGCGCUGCGAGGAGGCGUACAAGCGGCGGUGCGCGGAGAGCCUGAGGAGCGUCGCGGAGCAUAGGACGGGCAUGCGCAGGGUCGACUUGCUCCAGGGCGACAGCUUUUUUGUGGGCCUGACGCGGCCGACGAAGGAGGACCAGGACUUCUGGAUCGCGAAUUUUGGCCCGGCGCCGUCGUAG